UUUUUUUAAUGUUAUCAUUACUUGGAUUAAUAUACGUUGUCCUACAAAUAGAGGAUCGGUGGACAGUUCUUCACAUCUUUUUCAAAAUAUACAGGACAACAUGAACUCUCUCGUACUUUUCCUCGGUGUCGCACUCUUUGCUUUAUGUGAAGCUCAUCCAGCUGAACAUAGAGUCACUGGAAAGCUUGUAACUCACAUUCAUAAAUUCAAAGAAGAAGUACCAGCUAAAGAUAAAAAUGGCCCUGGAUUAAAAUCCAAUUGCCAGAAGGGAGCUCUAGUCGGAGUUGACCGAGGAUUGGAACGAGGAAUUUCAGGAAUUAUUAAUAAUGCUGGCGGUGUAAUAAGCGAUGUCACGGCACAUGGAAAUCUCUUGGGAGUCGCAGGUGAUGCUGUUGAUCGUAAGUAAAAAAUUUUAAAAAAAUAUUUUUUAUUUUUUUGAAUAUUUAUAAUUUGAUGUUAAAUUAUUUUUUAGUUAAGUUUGAAGUUAAGAAACCAAGAAGAGAAAAUGAAAUUAGAAAUUGUAGAAAUUACGGAGAUGGAAAGUUGCAAUAAAAAAAUUCCAUCUGAA